AUGAAGCACUACAACAGCCACCUUCCUAACCUGCCUUGGACACACUUAGUUUGGUCCAAAAAUUCAAUACCUCAGCUCUCAUUCACUCUGUGGGUAGCCAUACAACAGAAGCUCCCAACCCUCAAUAGAAGGUGCACAACUCACGUCAAUGCCACACUAUGCACCCUCUGUAACUCCCAAUUGCAGAACCACAACCACCUGUUCUUCGAAUGUGACUACACAGAACCCUUAUGGACAUUUCUCCAAGCAAGAUGUGGGUUCCACAUCAAACCAUCCUCUUGGCCUUACCUUAUCAACUGGGCAUCACAACAUUGGCGUAGCAAUUCAGGAUUCUACAACAGCUCAACCUCAAAACUCGCUCUGGCUGCACUUGUCUACAAUAUUUGGAUGGAGCGAAAUAGAAGGAUCUUUCAGAGGAAGUAUCUGUCCCAAAACUCUUUGCUUCAUCAAACAAUGGACAUGAUCAGGCUGAAAUUCAUAUCCACAACACUCACUGAUUCGCCAACUGUAAGGCGCAUUAUCGAGGAAUGGGACCUGCCAUCUUCAGUGAUCCGUCCGCCGGCCAAACUACCUGACCGGAAAUGA